CUGCGCUGCGUGACGCACCGCGGGCGAGGCCGGCCGGCGGUGUGGCUCCCGGGAGGGAGCGGCGUCUCCGAGAAGCCGGGAGCGCGUGCCCGCUGCCGCCUCUCGGUGGUGGCCGUGAUGCGCUCCGCUCACGGCUCCCCGCCCCUGGGAGUCCCGGCCGCCGAGUCAGGCGCUGCAGCACGGUUCAACUAUCACAAAAAAAUGUUUAGAUCAGAAUUCCUGUGUCAUGAAGAGUUUUUAAGCUAGGCUUUCUUGAUCUACCCAGAAGAGGAUUUGAUGCUGGAAACAGAAGAUAUCAGUCAAAGGAGAGUUCUCAUUCUGGGAGGACCUCGUUGUUGCUGUAAUAGUGGUUGAAGACUAACUCCCAGAACAUUACCUGACCUCUGACCUGUCAGCAUGGGCAGGGCCCCAUGGGCACCUGUCACAGAAAGAAAGUAAUAAUGCCAGGUGGAUUCUGCAGGAGUUAAUGUAGUUUAUCGUAAAGGGCAUGUUGUGCUGGAAUCUGCAACGGGUUGUAUUAAGCACAGGAUAACUGUCUCUGAGCCUCGGAGGGGAUGAUAAACUCAAUGGACUGACCCAAGAACCCUCAUGCAGGCUAGAAACUACAAAUGGAAAUUUCCAUUGGACUUGGUAUCUCCUGUCUUUUUCCUGCUUCCUGGCAUUUUAGCAUCUCUCCAGUGGGAUGUCCUCGAAUUUUGAAUACCAAUUUUCGCCAAAUUGUUGUUAUUAGCAUUCUGGCUGCUGCUGUUUCACUUUUAUACUUCUCUGUUGUCAUAAUCCGAAAUAAAUAUGGGCGACUAUCCAGAGACAAAAAGUUUCAAAGGUACUUGGCACGAGUUACUGACAUUGAAGCUACGGAUACCAAUAACCCCAAUGUGAACUAUGGUAUCGUGGUGGACUGUGGUAGCAGUGGGUCUCGAAUAUUUGUCUAUUGCUGGCCCAGGCAUAAUGGCAAUCCUCAUGACCUGUUGGAUAUCAGACAAAUGAGGGAUAAAAACCGAAAGCCAGUGGUUAUGAAAAUAAAACCAGGCAUUUCAGAAUUUGCUACCUCUCCAGAGAAAGUCAGUGAUUACAUCUCUCCGCUCCUCAACUUUGCUGCAGAGCAUGUGCCACGGGCAAAACACAAAGAAACCCCUCUCUACAUUCUUUGCACAGCUGGCAUGAGGGUCCUUCCUGAAAGCCAGCAGAAAGCCAUCUUGGAAGACCUUCUGACUGAUAUCCCUGUGCAUUUUGACUUUCUGUUUUCUGACUCUCAUGCAGAAGUAAUUUCAGGGAAACAGGAAGGUGUGUAUGCUUGGAUCGGCAUUAAUUUUGUCCUCGGACGAUUUGAGCAUAUUGAAGAUGAUGAUGAGGCAGUCGUGGAGGUUAACAUUCCUGGAAGUGAGAGCAGUGAAGCCAUUCUCCGGAAAAGAACUGCCGGUAUUCUCGACAUGGGAGGCGUGUCAACUCAGAUAGCGUACGAAGUCCCCAAAACUUCUGAACACGCCUUUACUGUGCUUGCUGAGGUACCUCUGCUCAACCCAGGAGAAAGGAGACAGGAGGAAGCCAAGGAAGAAGUAGCUAAGAACUUGCUGGCUGAAUUUAACCUGGGAUGUGAUGUUCACCAGACUGAGCAUGUGUACCGAGUCUAUGUGGCCACAUUUCUUGGGUUUGGUGGCAAUGCUGCUCGACAGAGAUAUGAAGACAAGAUAUUUGCCAACACGUUUCAAAAGAACAGGCUCCUGGGGAAGCAGACUGGUCUAGCUCCUGACACUCCAUACCUGGACCCCUGCUUACCCCUAGACAUUAAAGAUGAAAUCCAGCAAAAUGGGCAGACCAUGUACCUGCGGGGAACGGGAGACUUCGACCUGUGCCGAGAGACUCUCCAGCCUUUCAUGAACAAAACGAACGAGACACAGACUUCCCUCAAUGGUGUCUACCAGCCCCCCAUCCACUUCCCGAACAGCGAGUUCUACGGCUUUUCUGAAUUCUACUAUUGCACGGAAGAUGUGUUACGCAUGGGAGGAGACUACGAUGCGCUUGCGUUUACCAAAGCUGCAAAGGAUUACUGUGCAACAAAGUGGUCGAUCUUACGAGAACGCUUUGACCGAGGACUGUAUGCCUCUCACGCUGACCUCCACAGGCUAAAGUACCAGUGCUUCAAGUCUGCCUGGAUGUUCGAGGUGUUUCACAGGGGCUUCUCCUUUCCUGUCAACUAUAAAACCCUAAAGACAGCCUUGCAGGUGUAUGACAAGGAGGUGCAGUGGACCCUCGGAGCAAUCCUCUACAGGACCCGCUUUUUACCCUUAAGAGAUAUCCAGCAGGAGGCAUUCCGGGCCAGUCACGCUCACUGGCGGGGGUUCUCCUUUGUCUACAAUCACUACCUGUUCUCCGGCUGCUUCCUGGUGGUCCUGCUCUCCAUCCUCCUCUACCUGCUGCGGCUCAGGCGCAUUCACAGGCGGAUGCUGCGCAGUGGGGCAGCCGCCACCCUCUGGCUGGAGGAGGGCCUUCCGGCCCAGAAGAUGGCGGGAACCUUGUGAACAGGAACAGGAGUGAGUGCCCAGGAAGACCUAAAGGAAAAGCCAUUUUUGCCUCAGGGUUUCUUCUCUUUAUCUUUGUUUUAUUUUUCCCUUCCCUGUUUGGUCCUUGGAACAAAAACAAAAUCCAUUGUGUGUAAACUCUGCUCUCCAGGAAGAUUGCAUUUGCCACUGCUUGGUACACAGCUUUAAACUGAGGAGUAGGGAAAAGGGAAAAUCACUUCAUACUUGCUAUAUAGGACAUCUGCCAAAAAUUAUGGACAUUUUUGGUUUUUCUUUAAGGUAUGUUUAAUUUUAAACAGAUGCACUUUGAUAGUGGAGGGAAAUGGCAAAGGUGUUUUCUAUGGUGAAGAUGGGACUGAAGAGUGAGACUUUUACAGAACCCAGAACCUACUGAAUGAAAUUAAAAGGCUUUUCCCUCUAUCUUGAAAGCUCUAACCUAAAGAGGGUGAUGUUUAGUUUUUAUUUAUUGUUUAGGUCUGUCACUAUGUUUUCUUUUCAGGUUCAAAAAAUCAAAAUCUAAAAUAGAGAAAUAUAAUAUCCAAAAUUGAGAAAACUAGCUCCCAGGAGGUAACUAUUUUUAAAAUUGAUAGUGAAAAGACCUGAAAAAUGUGAAAUAAUUACUAAGAGUGCUGUGUGUGUGUAUGUGCACGUGCGAGAAAAAUGCUAAGGAAAGAGAAUGAGGAAUACAGUGCUCUUUUGGAAACACACUUCAAAAUUUACUGUUUCGUUUUAUUUUAUUUAGAAAAAUCCCCAUUACUAUUAUCUUUUCCUGACCAUAGGUAAUUACUUUCUUUAUCCCAUUUUCCAGUGGCCUUAGAAUACCGGGGCUUUGAAAGAGUUGGAAAAUUUGUAGUUUCACUGGUUUUGAUGUUAAUAGAACUUGAGCUGGUGCCAACUGACAUGUACGCCAGUAUUUUUUUUAAUAUAUAUAUUUUUUAUUGACUUCAGAGAGGAAGGGAGAGGGAGAGAGAGAGAGAAACGUCAAUGAUGACAAUGAUGAGAGAGAAUUAUUGAUUGGCUGCCUCCUACACUUUCUCUACUGAGGGUCUUGCCUGCAACCUGGGCAUGUGCCCUGAUCUGGAAUCGAACUGAUCUCCUGGUUCAUAGGUCAACACUCAACCACUGAGCCACACUGGCUGGGCACGCCAGCAUUUCUUAGUAGUGCAUCUUUGCUUGUUUAAUUGUGCUCACAUUUCUUCCAACUUAAGUUGGUAUUCUCCUCUUAAUUAAACGUUGUCUCUGCAGUUUUAUUCUGAAGACCCCAUACGUAACUUGAUAACUUCUCUUUAUUACUGUUGGGGUUAAGGCUGCACUGACAAUGCUACUAUAAAUCCACAUUUUGAAGAAAACAAGUCUGAUAUUUUAAAUAGAAAUCUAAAAAAGACAACUGGAUUGGCGUAUGUGAGAUCAGUUGUUUUUUUUACCAAUUCAUUGAGUUUGGAACCAUUGGGAAUGCUUAGAUUUCGCGCGCUAUUUAACCCCAGAAGAGUUAAAUCUGUCUAGUUGGUACCAGAUGUAUAUUUCAAGAACUAUCAGCUGCUUUUUAAAAAAAAAUCACUGAUUAGAGAAAUAAUUGAGAUCCUGAGUGGGAUUUUUAUCUUGUUUAUUAAUUACUGUAUAUUGAUGAUUUUAAAAGAUUACAGAUUUGUGAAAGAAAUGCAGAUUCUCUUAUUAUGUUCCUCAAAAUGAAUAUCUUAACAAGGAAAGAAUUAUUGGUAGAAUACA